AGGGCAAGUGGUCCGGGCCCAGCGCUUUCGAUUCUCGGAGGGGCCGGGUCUGGGAGAUGAGGGGGCCGUACUGGAAGUGUGCGUCCCGCAGGUGCGUGCCAAGGCACCCACCGGGAAUCGCCUUAGCGCGGUCCUGCAUCUUCAAUAUGGAAUGUAUGUUUGGCCCUGUGCUGUGGUCCUGGCCCAGUACUUGUGGUUUCACAGAGGAUCUCUGCCAGGCAAGGCUGUCUUAGAGAUUGGUGCUGGAGUGAGCCUUCCAGGAAUUGUGGCUGCAAAAUGUGGUGCUGAAGUUACACUGUCAGACAGUUCCGAGUUGCCUCACUGCCUAGAAAUCUGUCGGCAAAGCUGCCAAAUGAAUAAUCUGCCUCAGGUCCGUGUUGUAGGACUCACCUGGGGUCAUGUAUCUCAGGAUCUUCUGGCUCUACCACCACAAGACAUUAUUCUUGCAUCUGAUGUAUUCUUUGAACCAGAAGGUAAACCUUUUUUUCUUCUCAGUAGUCAAUUUAACCACAGAUACAAUGGAAUUAAAAGUCUAUUAAGAAGUCUUUUCUUCCCAGACUUUGAGGACAUUUUAACUACAGUUUACUUUUUGAUGCAGAAGAACCCCAAAGUCAAAUUGUGGUCUACUUACCAGAUAAGAAGUGCUGACUGGUCACUUGAAGCUUUGCUCUACAAGUGGGACAUGAAAUGUGUCCACAUUCCUCUGGAAUCUUUUGGUGCAGACAAAGAAGAUAUAGCAGAAUCUGCCCUUCCAGGAAGACAUACUGUUGAAAUGCUGGUCAUCUCCUUUGCAAAGGACAAUCUGAAUUACACCUAAAAACUGUUCUGGGACAAUGUCAAUACUGCUUAACAACCUGGCAAGCUAACUAUGUGACUCAGACCACUUCAGCUUCUUGAGUACAGUGGGUUUGAAGAUGGUCAGAUCUGCUGGCUUUAGACUGUGAUGGGUCACAUAACCAUUAAGACAAAAAUUAAAACUAUAAGAAAAAGGA